AUGUCAUUAGCAAUAUUCCAUUUGUUCGCCGCCGCGAUCAACACUUACGUUAUAUGGUACGAUCAGACUUACGUCGAGUUACCUUUGGAGAACGAAUUGCUAAAAACUUUGCCGUUGAAGUCCAGGAGUAUGUUCUUGACCAUUUGGUGCCUUAUAAUACAGACCGUGUACCACACGAUCGCCUUCCUGAACGACGUCUUCGGAUCUACAGCAGCCUCGCCGAGGAGUAGGCCGCUGAUCCGCUCGAUAAGGGACACACUGUUCAGCUUGGCGUUCCCAAUCGCGCUCUACGUGUCCACGGCAUUUUGGGCCAUAUACGCAGUGGACAAAGACCUGAUAUUCCCCGACCACAUAGAAAAGCUCUACCCGACAUGGGUGAACCACGUAAUGCAUACGACCGUCUCCGUGUUCAUGUUCGUCGAGCUACUGCUCGCGUCCAGAAACUAUCCUUCGAGGAAAAUUGGCGUUUCGAUCAUCACUGCUUUCAACUUGGCCUACAUGUCGUGGUUCCUAACCAUCUACUUUAACACCGGCGCUUGGGUGUACCCCGUCUUCGAGCCGCUGAACUGGCCCAUGAGGGUAGUUUUCCUCAUCCUCAGCCACUCCACAGUGGUAGGUUUCUACCUCAUCGGCGAGAAGUUGAACUAUCUGGCCAAUCCCAACACGAAAGCGUACACUAACGGGACAGUGACAGAGGCAUCACCGAAGAAGAAACGU